AUGGAGGUCCCGACUGUUAAAAUCAUCUCACAUUGCUUCGUCAAACCAAAAUUUGUAUCGGAAGAGGCUAAAAAACCCAUUUACUUGUCACCAUGGGAUCUAGUCAUGGUUAAUGUAAACUACAUCCAAAAGGGUCUGCUUUUCCACCGGCCGGAAACUCAAGAUUUCUCCAUAACCACAUUCUUGGAGGAGCUCAAAGACUCUCUCUCCGCCACGCUUACUCAUUUCCACCCACUCGCAGCCCGUUUAGCCACCGUAAAACAACAAAACCCACCUUCCAUUGUUGUGUUCUUGAACCCUGAGAAUAGCCCUGGAGCCAGAUUUAUCCAUUCGGCUGUUAAUUUAACGGUGGCGGAGAUACUUACGCCGGUCGAUAUCCCGGUGAUUGUUCAAUCGUUUUUCGAUCACCACAAAGCUAUCAGUCACGACGGACAUGAAAUGUCGUUGCUGUCGAUUCAGGUGACGGAACUCACCGACGGAAUAUUCAUCGGCUGCUCGAUGAAUCACAUGGUUGUUGACGGAACCUCCUACUGGCUUUUCUUCAACUCCUGGUCGGAAGUUUUCAGAUCAAAAGCAUAUAAAAUUGGUGAUUUGAUUCCCAUCAUCUCACGUCCUCCUGUUAUGCAAAGAUGGACCCCGGAAGGAUCCGACCCGAUCCUCACCCUCCCAUUUACCCAUGAAGAUGAAUUCAUAGAUAGACCCAAUCGUCCAUUUUUAAGAGAGAGAAUCUUCCAUUUUUCAUCGGCUUCUCUCUCUAAGCUAAAAGCGAAAGCUAACUCAGAGUGCAAUACAACCAAGAUUUCAUCGUUGAAGGCCCUCUCAGCCGUUGUCUGGAGGUGUGUGACGCGUGCACGGCGGUUACCGGCAGAUCGGGAAACCGGUUGCAGAUUGGCCUUCAACAACAGACACAGGCUAUCUCCGCCUUUACCUGAAACUUACUUUGGUAACUCGAUUUAUGUAGUUAGAGGAGAAGCGACGGCGGGGGAGUUGCUGGAUCACGGUGCCGGGUGGGCGGCGUGGCGGUUGCACGAAGUAGUGGUUAAUCAUGACGAUAAAGCGAUCAGGGAAUUUGCGGGUUCCUGGAUAAAGAAUCCGUUUGUGGUUAAAAUGAGUCAGUUUUUUUAUGCGAACAACGUACAGAUGGGGAGCUCGCCGAGAUUUGACAUGUACGGAAAUGAAUUCGGGUUAGGGAAAGGAGUGGCGGUUCUGAGCGGGUAUGCUAAUAAAUUCGAUGGGAAAGUGACGUUGUAUGAAGGACGGGAGGGCGGAGGAAGCAUGGAUCUAGAAGUCUGCUUGUUGCCGGAAAACAUGGUGGCUUUUGAAUGUGAUGAUGAGUUCAUGAAUGUUGUUAAUGGCCUUUUAUAA